CCAGGGAACAUACAUUUCGAACUGUCGAGCUGGGACUUAGUGAAAAUGUGCAAAUUGGUAAUCACAAUCUAUUGCAAGUAGUCAAUAACUUUGAUUCAACCUUUCUAAAGGAUUUCCUAGACCAAUACGAAGACAAAAUAAAAGAAGAUACGAAGCAACGAAAAUCCAUGGAAGAUCAGAUAAAAGCUUUGUCAACUAGAAUAAAGGAGCUGACGGACACGCACAAUGUAUGUGGCGGACAAUUGCUGGACUGCGGUGGAUUUUCAGGUCACCUGCGAGAAAUGCACCAUUUAGCAAACUCUGAAAUAUCAUGUCCAGUUGGUUCAAUUGUAAAUAUAUCUCAGCAGGCAAAAGAUCUGGUCGAAACAUUCACUCCUGUUAUAAUGCAGCUUCAGGAUAACGUCAAAAAUUUAAGUGCGUACAUCGACGAUCUAAAACUAGAGAUUCUUUCUCUCUCAUCAUCGCAUAGGUCUCUCGCAACUAUUUCCUUGGACGGAAAAUGACUAAAAAGAUCUUGUGGCAAAGAGCAUUGUUAAUUCAGAACUUAUUUUACACGUGCAUGUUUAGACAUUUCGAUGAACCAUAGUCAUUAAUUAGUGUUAUGUGAUAAAAGAUUUAUAUCUUCGGGGUAUUUAUAGCAAAACACUGUACCGGUUGAAGUGGAUUUGCCAGGACAGGGUUACAGAAGUGCCGCCAAGUGUGAUCCUGCUUGUCAGGAUGAGCAGAUUACACCCAGGAUUAUGCUGCUGCUAUAAUAGUAUACUUUUAUCUAUUGUUGUUGUUUUUUAUCAAGUCGAAAUAGACCAAAAACUGCCUUGUUAUAAACGAUGAUAUUUGAAGUAUUUGUAGCUAUACAUUUAUUGCAAAACGUUUUGCCAUUCCUUUUAACAAAUUUAGACAGAGACAGUAUAGGAAUAUAAAGUAAUGUAUACUAAGAAGAUAGUUUGAUAUUUAAGUUGAUCAUUUGUUAGUGUUAAUAUCGACAUAGAAAAAUGAAACAAAUGACAGACAUUUUAUAUACUUCAUCUUGCAAAGUGCAUAUUUGUUAAUUCAUACUAGACAAAUACUCUAGAUAGAUGAUAAAGUGCUUUGAAUAAACAAUCAAUAGUUGUAAGACAUGACAGUAUGAUGAUUAAUAUUUGAAUUGAUAUAUCUUAAAUACUGUUUUCGUAACGAAACCUCUCCAUAAUUCACCACAAACAUAAGUGUUUGUGACAAUAAAGAUUACAUCAUAAUUCAA